CCUGGGUUUCUUUAUGGGAGGAGCAGCGCGACUUCCCCACUUCUGCUCCCCCAUUAUGUACUUUUUUACAUCCCUGCUUACGUUUGGCUGGCAUCGCCUAAUUUCCGCAUUCCCAAAUCCUCCCAGAUUGGGAUCACGUAAAGAAAAUCGGUCUGAUGCAACGAUUUCCACUUUUUAAAAUCUACUCUCGACCCUCGGCUGACCAGAAGAAAGGACAUCUGUUGCACCUGGGAUCGAAGUCAGCUGUGGUUAAGGCUGAGUCUGACACGAUGCCAGGACAAAUCCCAGAUCCCUCAGUGACAGCAGGUUCCCUCCCCAGCCUGGGCCCGCUGGCUGGGAUCUCAGCCACCACUCUCACUGACAAGCUCAAAUUCGGUCAUCUCCAGGAGUUUGGGACAAUGCUUUCCCCCCUGCACUUCCUGGACAAUCUGGAGAAGAGGUCCAUUGUCAUCAAAACAGAGGAGUCAGAAAGACUUGAGAUGUUAAACUCCGACCUCAAAGCCCAGAUCGAGGAGCUGAAGCUGGAGCGGCAGCAGCUGAUCCUCAUGCUCAACCGCCACCGGCCCACCUGUAUCGUGAGGACAGACAGUGUCAAAACCCCGGAGAGCGAGGCCAACCCGCUGCUGCAGCAGCUGGAGGCCAAGUGAAAAGCAGCCACUUCCUGCAGGUCGCACAGGAGAAAAAGGUGGCAGCAACUAGCAGCACUUACAGGUAAUCUGGGACCCUGGUUGGGGGGGGGGGGGAGUUGCCAGACCCCCCCUGCCCCAAAACACAGAGCUGCACCAUACAGAGGGCCUCAGUGACACUGUCCCAGCACUUCAAUCAAACCACCCCCCCUCUUUUUGUUUCUUUUCUUGGUCACCAGAGCUCCAACCUGUAUGAGGUUAAACAAAAUAACACAUUGCAACUUAUGGAAAUAUUUUAUUUGUUACAUUUGAAUUCUUGUUUUGUGGUGAAUUUGUAUUCUUAACUGGAGUAAGUAGCAAGCAAGGCAUUAUUUUAAUAUAUUUUCAAUGACUGAUGUGGACUACAGAAUAUUUUUCCGACACUGAAAGUAUCAGAAAUUCAAAUUGUAAAAAAAAAAAAAAACAUGAUCCUAUUCAGAGUUGUUUAAAGUCAUCCGAAAGCAACCGCAUGAUGCAGACUUUUUCAUGUGAUAAAGGUUUAACUAAUUGUUUCAACACAUUUCAGGCAUUGCAUUUAAACCUUUUAAAGGACAAAUUUCCCUUUGCAUUUGAUAUUCAUUCAGGAUAUGAUAUAAAAUGGGACUCAACUUACUGAAAUGUAAAAAGCAACGACUUGAAUUCCUUAACCAACAUUUAAGAGUUACCAAGAGAUGCAUUUACCUAAAGUUAAAUCUACAGACACAGAUGUCCUUCUACCACAAAAAGGAUGUUGUGAACAUUUUGGGUUCCUUCAUAUAUUUGGUGGCAGAACAGCAAAACCUCCUUGUCCUUUAUUUCACUGUUUUGGCGCAGGCGUCAUAUAUGCACAUAUACUAUAUAUGGAGUGUUUACAUUAUACUUUAUUGUUACAAC